UGUACAAUCAAAUGAGCACACAUUCAUGCUCAACCUUUGUAUCUGCAUACACACGGUGCGCCCCUGAACCAAAGAAUGCGUGCUUAUGCGACGCUGAUGUAGAGCUUGCCCUCUGAGACAGUGGCCGUGAUAAGCUGAUGCUUGCCGCCCUCGUCGCCGUCAGCCGUCCUCAACGCGGCAGCCUUGCAGGUCUUCGCAAGCGUAGCCCCAACGUGGGCAACGCGAGAUGGCUGGGGGCCGGCAUCGCGGGCGGCAAACGGUGGUGUCGCUCGCGUCAGGAUCAGCCGGUAAGGAAUGUGGCGGUGAUUGACCCAGCCGCUGCGCUGUGAAGCUACUGCUGCGACAAGCAGAAGCGAACGGACACAUUUUCCUUUCGUGGGCCAAGAGCGAAAGUGUAUCACCCACCCGUGCUCAUCGAGAAUUCUCCUAGUGGCCAGUGGCCACGCCACCAGGUCAGCAACACUUCAGUCACUAACGAUUUAUCCCCGUCCAGGAUCCCCGCCCGACACGCCGAAUCUGCUCGGCGAAAUGGCGGCGCGGCGCUUCCACCUCUCGAUCGCCUCCCGGACGCUGGUCCGGGCCUCGCGCCCGCAGCCUGGAUUCCCGGCCGUCCUCGCCGUCUCCAACCUCGACCUCAUCCUGGGCCCCUUCCCCAUCUUCCUCGUCUCCGUCUACCCCGCCCCGGCCGCCGGCCUCGACGCGGUCCUCGCCGCCGUGCGAGGCGCCUUCCCGGCCUACCUCUCCAGCUUCUUCCCCUUCGCUGGUCGCAUCGUGCGGGACCCGGAGACAAAGAUCCCUGAGGUCCAGUGCAAUAACGCCGGCGCCGAGCUCGUCGUCGCCGACGCCGCCGUGCCACUCGCGGACGUUGACUUCACGGAGGUCGACCGCUCGCUGGGACUGAUCCAGAUUCCCUUCGACGCGAGCAUCCCCAUGUCGUUGCAGCUGGUCCGGUUCGCCUGCGGGGGGUUCGCGCUGACGGUUGGCACGACUCACCUCCUCGCCGACGGCAGGGCGUUCACCAUCCUGCUGAGCGCACUCGCCGAGAUGGUCCGCGACGGCGGCCUCUCCCGCGAGCCCCUGUUCGACCGCUCCCUCUUCAAGCCGCGGUCGCCGCCGUGGUACAGCGCGUCGCUGGACGCCGAGUUCGCGCGUUUCACCCCGGAGACCAUGAUCAACCCCGUCCUGACCGCGGCCAUCCGGCGGCGCCUGUACCGCAUCGAGGCGGCCGACCUCGCCGCGCUCCAGGCCGCGGCGUCCCCGCCCGGCGGCGGGCGCCGCGCCUCGCGGUUCGUGGCGCUGUGCGCGCACGUGUGGAAGCUCGUCGCGCGCGCCGUCGGCGACGCCGACCCCAGCUGCCGGAUGGCGUGGAUCGUCGACGGGCGGAAGCAGGUGGAGCCGUCGGACGGCGCGCUAGACCGGUACAUCGGGAACGUGGUCACCUACACGUCCCGCGAGGCGAGCGUGGCUGAGCUGAUGCGCGCGCCGCUCCACGACGUGGCGGCCGCGGUGCGCGCCGCCAUCGCGGGGGUGAUGACCGCGGCGAGGUUCCAGGAGCUGGCUGACUGGAUGGAGGAGCGGAAGGCGGCAUUCAGGGACGGCGGGAAGUGGACGGAGGAAGUGAACCUGGGGCUCGGGAGCCCCGCGCUCGUCAUCUCCGGGCUGCUCCCGUUCCCCAUCGACGGGGACCUCGGGUUCGGCAAGCCCAGGCUCGUGAUGCCGUGGCUGCGGCACGGCCGGCUGGGCUCCGCGAACGUGACGGUGGUGCCCAGCCCGAGCGGCGACGGGUCGUGGUUCUUCGCCGCCACGAGGAUGUGGCCCCGGCUGGUGGAGGUGGUCGAAUCCGACCCUUUGCUGAAGCCUGCAGCGAACCUGGGACAGGCGACGCCGGCGGGACCCCGUCUGUGAGCUCGCACUCGCAGCUUUGCCUAGGCUUGUGCAUCGCACGCUGUGCCACUCCCACUCACGGGAGUGCCCGUUAUGGUAAGGACUAUGAAGGCGAGGAAGAUUCUCCAAUCUCCAAUCUUCAUCGCUCUGUUCAGCUAAUUGAUUGUGAGAGGACAGAGAUCGACAGACACUGAGCGCAGAAAGUUUUUUUUUCCCCUGUUACGUUGUGCUGUGAAAUCAAGUGUAUUUGCGCCUACAAGUUCCUUGGAAGUUUAAACUUCCAUGAAAAUCGAAAUUUUUGCGCGGUUGGUUCCUUGGGAGCUUUGAUUAAA